AUGUUUCUAACUAGAAGUGAAUAUGAUCGAGGAGUGUCUACUUUUUCGCCAGAGGGUCGACUUUUCCAAGUGGAGUAUUCUCUUGAGGCAAUUAAGUUGGGGUCUACGGCAAUUGGUAUACAAACUAGUGAAGGUGUUAUUCUAGGAGUUGAGAAACGUGUAACUUCGUCAUUGCUUGAGCUGUCGUCGAUUGAAAAAAUUGUUGAAAUAGAUCAUCAUAUAGGUUGUGCCAUGAGUGGUUUAACGGCAGAUGCACGAUCAAUGAUUGACCAUGCACGCGUAUCAAGUUUAACGCAUAAUUUAUACUACGACGAGAAUAUUGGAGUCGAAAGCUUAACUCAAAAUGUGUGCGAUUUAGCAUUGCGAUUUGGAGAGGGUGCCGAUGGUGAAAAAAGGUUAAUGUCAAGACCGUUUGGUGUAGCUUUGUUGAUAGCAGGCGUAGAUAAGCAAAAAGGUCCUCAAUUGUAUCAUGCUGAGCCAUCGGGGACGUUUUACAGAUACGAGGCUAAAGCUAUUGGAUCGGGAAGCGAGGGUGCUCAAGCAGAAUUAAACAAUGAGUAUCAUAAAAGCUUGACUUUGAAAGAAGCAGAAUUAUUGGCAUUGAAGAUAUUAAAGCAAGUGAUGGAAGAGAAGUUAGAUUGCAAGAAUGCCCAAUUGGCAAGUGUCACAACAUCUGGUGGAUUUCAGAUAUACGAUGAUGAAAAAACUGAUGCAAUUAUAAAAGUUUUAAAUGAACAAACCACCGAAGAAGACACUGUGAUAAGCUAG